GGAGUCCUGCUCGAGACCAACUACGGCAACAUCACCAUCGCCCUGUACAGCGACAAGACACCCAGAACAUGUGAGAACUUCGCAGGCCUCGCCGACGCAGGCAAGUACAACGGCGUCAUCUUCCACCGCAUUAUCCCCGGCUUCAUGCUCCAGGGCGGCGACCCCACAGGCACCGGCCGUGGCGGAGAGUCCAUCUGGGGCGGCAAGUUCGAAGACGAGUUCGACAGCUCGCUCAAGCACACUGGUGCCGGCGUUCUGUCCAUGGCCAACAGCGGUCCUGGCACCAACGGCAGUCAGUUCUUCAUCUGUCUUGCUCCCACUCCCCAUCUGAACGGCAAGCACACUGUGUUUGGCCAGGUCGUCGACGGCAUGGAUGUCGUGCAGAAGAUUGGAAAUGUCAGAACAGGCCCUGGCGACAGACCCAUCGAGGAUGUCGUUAUC